AUGAAAUUUACACACACCAUUAUAUUUUCUCUUCUCCUCUUGGCUGUUUGUACUGCUGCCAAACCACGAGCAAAGAUAGUGGACUAUAUACCUGCUACUGAAAUUCUGCCUUUGCCAGUCUCUGUUGAAACGGUCGAUGACAAGCCUAAUGAAUACAUUGUGAAAACCUCGUUGUAUGCUAACGGCUAUGACCAUUAUGGCGGUGUUGAGACCAAACUCUUAUGCGAAAGUGGUGUAAAGGUCAAACAUGUUAUUCCAAAGUUUAAACUUAAUGAAAUUGACGCCUUCAGAACCGACUUUAAAUUGUCUGUUCCUGAAGACAAGAAAAUAGUGACUUGUGUUAGACAAGUGAUUAACGAAGAGGGUGCUAGAAAUAUUUCUUUCACUUUUAAUCCUGUACACUAA